CCCUAGCACUCCUCCUUCGUCCCACUUCCACCCUCUGGUGCGCUCUCGGCUCUCGUUUCCUCCGGUCCCCGUUCCUCCGGCGGCAAGAAACUCCAAUCGAUCGAUCCUUUGGUGGCUUCAACUUACACCUGUUUGACUCGAAAAAUCUCUCCGUUCUUCCGUUUUCUCUUUGUUUAUCAUUGGAAUUUCGUGUUCUCUGAACCCUGGUCGUUUGGGGUUCCGGCUUCGAGUUCUUCCGGCUUUUAGUCAAAGAGAUCAGAUAUUGGUGUUCUUCCCGAUCCCUGCUCUACAGAUUAAUCUCCCUGUGUCUAGCUACGAGGUCGAAUCUUGUACCCCUGGAACCAAAACCCGUGGUUCUAAUCCACGAUUCCUUCAAAUGCUACGCUCCAAAUUUCGUUCAAUUUGUGGAAACAUUACCAUAGGACAUCACUGCGUCUAGUUCUGAUUUCCAGUGAAUUCCCAUCGGAACACUGUUGGAAGCUCCAAUUUCUGGAGAAACUGCGACCUUGAUUGAUGGUGGAUUCAGAUAACGAGUCCGGUGGACAGAACCACGCGGCGGGGAGAGGCGAACUCUGUUCGCCUCGGGAACAGGACCGGUUCCUGCCCAUCGCGAAUGUUGGCAGGAUCAUGAAGAAGGCACUCCCGGCCAACGCGAAGAUCUCCAAGGACGCCAAAGAGACGGUGCAGGAGUGCGUGUCGGAGUUCAUCAGCUUCAUCACUGGCGAGGCCUCCGAAAAGUGCCAGCGAGAGAAGCGCAAGACCGUCAACGGCGACGACCUCAUCUGGGCCAUGACCACCCUGGGCUUCGAAGAUUACGUCCAGCCCCUGAAGGUGUACCUGCAGAAGUUCCGGGAGUUGGAGGGCGAGAAGUUGGUAUCGUCGGGCUUCCACAAGGAUUCGGGUGGCAGCGGUGGGAGCACGGGAGGUAUCGGGAGCAUUGAUCGCGGCUUUAGUGCCGGCGGCAGCAGCAGCGUAGGAGCGUACGGUAGCGCGGGUGGGAUGAUGAUGGCGAUGAGACAGCCACUGCAUGGUCCUUCGUACGGCCAUCAGGUUGGAAAGGCCAGCUCAGGCGGCCGGGGUUCUUCGUCUUCGUCAGCAGGGAUUGGCAGGCACGGCUGAGUCUGAUCACAAAGACUGUGCAUGUAGGGAUGCGAUUUCUGGUUUGGGCAUUUGUCACCGUCGAUGCAACCGCUAAUGGUCGCGCUGUAGAUUGAUUUAUCUUUUCGGACUCGAAUUUAGGUGUGCAUGUUUUCCAACA